GUUCCCAGAAUAAACUGAGGGGACGCAGAGACGCGCACACACACACGUUGGAUAACACACAGAGGAGAGAGGCUGAAGAGAGAAAGAGACACACACCGGCGGAUGGCGGAGCAGAGCCAAAGAAAAGACACUACAGCGUAAAAAAAGAAAAAAAAGAAAGAGAGACAUCGCUUCCCCCUCCUCUUUUUUUCGUGCUUCAGUGGAGGAGGAAAGGAGAAGACAGGUGUACUUAUUGAUAUGGAUUUAUUCAUGUAUUUAUCUAUUGAUUUUGCUUUAAUUAGUGACCCGCGGUAGAGAAAGAGGGAGAAGCAGCGACGGGAGGAGAGGGAGGAGCGAAAGUCAGACAGGAGGUGCCUGCGUAGCCUUACUUUAUUAUUUGAUUAUUCCUCAUCUUUUUACCAAAUAAUGCAUUUUAUUAUUGUGUCGCUUUGAGUGCAUGUGUCCUUCAGCAGACCAGCAAGCUACUAACCAAAUCUUUACGAGAACCAAAAAGGAGAAGCAGUGUUUCACGGACAGUUUUCACCCGUUUGGACAGACUUUUCAGCAGGAGGAGAAAUCUUUAUUUUUCCGAAACCUAAACCAAAGCAAACCCUGCCGAGAGACAAACACAGAGACGAUCUUUACGCACAGUCUGGACACAAUACAUGGAGUGUAAUCGUGUCCGUGGAGAGCAGCUAGACUCACGAUGGUAACACAGAUCAUCCUCUGUCCAGCCACCUGUGUUAGCCUGUAUGGAUAACCACUGAUAGCUUUACACCUUCUCCCAAAGCCGCCGCUGCGCGUCCUGCACAUCGCUCUUUGUACACGCGUGUGUGUGUGUGUGUGUGUGUGUGUGUGUUUCUCAGACUCCCGAGAAGUAAGUGGAACAAUAUCCGUCUGCAUCCCAAAGCCAACCAAGAGAAAUGGGAAACCGCUGACGGAAGAAAAAGCCAAGUUUUUUUCAAAGCAUCCACGUUUCUUUUACAACCCAGCGGUCCGUAAACCUGGAAAGCAUACGAAUAAAAGGCCAAAGCACGACGGAAGCACGACGGAUGAGAAAAGUGAGACUAAAAUAAAAAACUAAAAAACAACGACCCCCAGGUCGACAGAGGACCAUGUUUGUCCCCCUGCCGGUCCCCUUCGUCUUUCAGAGAACAGCGUCCGACUUCAGCGCCUGGAGACUCAAGUCCUCGCUGGCUCCGCGGUCCAGCCCCGAUAUCAGGAUGUCUAAAGCAGCAGAGGAGGAGAAGCCUGGGGCUGAGUAUCCAGGGGACAGUUCAGACUCUGACAGGAACAGCCCUGAUGACCAGGUUCAGCCGAUGAAAACAAGCCCCUGCAGCAUCUCCCCCACACCGGCUGGCAGCAAGGGAAAGAGCGAGGAGAGCUCUGAGAUCGUCCGUAGCACCAUUCCUGCUCUAACACCUUCCCAACAGCAGCAGCAGCAGCAGCAGCAGCAACAACAACAGCAGCAGCAGCAGCAGCAACAACAGCAGCAACAACAACAACAACAACAACAACAACAACAACAACAACAACUACAACAACUACAACAGCAACAACAGCAACAACAACUACAACAACAACAGCAACAGCACCACCACACACAGCUGAUGCUGGCUGGUAGUCAGCUAGCAGGGCUUGCCGCUCUCCUCCCGGCCCAGCAGCAGCUUCUCCUCCAGCAGGCUCAGGCUCAGCUCCUGGCCGCCGCCGUGCAGCAGUCCCACGCCGCUCACGCUGCCCACGCCGCCGCGCAGCAACAAGCCAACCAGCAGCACCAGCAGCAGCAGCAGAGCUUAUCACAAUCCCAGCAGCAGCAAAUCAAGCAGGAACAAACGGUCCAAGUCCCGCCUCCACAGCAGAUGGCUCUGACGCAGCCAAUCCAGCUCACUGCCCAGGACAUCCAGCAGCUGUUGCAGCUCCAGCAGUUGGUUCUGAUGCCCGGUCAUCAUCUCCAGGGUCCUGCUCAGUUCCUCCUGUCUCAGCCCACGCAGGCGCAGCAGCAGCAUGCUUUACUCUCGACACCAAAUCUGAUCCAGCUACCUCAGCAAAGCCAAGGAGGACUACUGACAAGUCCACCUCGCCUGGGACUCCAAGCACAGAGGGAGAAGAGCAGCGAUGUGCUCGGUGGGAGCAGCGGUGGCUCUAUCGUUGCCACCAGCACCGGCGGAGUUGUGACAUCUGUUGGAACCCCUUCAGCCUCCAGCAGCUCAAUGGCCUCCUCAUUGACGCCUGGCUUAACUUCUGGAAGUCACGGGGGUCACGGGGGUCAUGGGGGUCUUGGGGGUCACUUGGGCGAAGAACCCAGCGAUCUGGAGGAGCUGGAGCAGUUUGCCCGCACCUUCAAACAACGACGUAUCAAGUUGGGAUUCACCCAGGGAGACGUCGGCGUUGCUAUGGGAAAACUGUACGGAAACGACUUCAGCCAGACCACCAUCUCCCGAUUCGAAGCCCUCAAUCUGAGCUUUAAGAACAUGUGCAAACUGAAACCGCUGCUCGAGAAGUGGCUGAAUGAUGCAGAAAUCAUGGCGGUGGACAGCAUGCUGCCCAGCCCCUCCUCUCUCUCCUCCCCCAUGCUGGGCAUCGAGGGUCUGUCAGGCCGUCGCAGGAAGAAACGCACUAGCAUCGAGACCAACGUGCGAGUGGCCUUAGAGCGCAACUUCUGCAUGAACAAUAAGCCUAACUCGGAGGAGAUCUUGCUCAUGGCGGACCAGCUCAACAUGGAGAAGGAAGUGAUUCGUGUUUGGUUCUGCAACCGCAGGCAGAAAGAGAAGCGCAUCAACCCCUCCAGCAGCACCACCCCUCCCCUGCCCUGCCAGACCUCGCCUGUUGUGUCACACAGAGCCCCCUGCUACAGCCCGCACAUGAUCUCGAGUCAUGGUCUGUCCCAGGUCACCACCUGUCUCAGCACAACAGCCUCCAGCCCUUCGGCCUCCUGCCCCAUGACUCCCGUCAGCUCAGCCGCAGCAGGCUCCACCUCUUCUUCUAUGACCUCCCCCCAUCAUAGCACAGCUAGCCCCGCCCCUCCCAGCUUCGCCGGGGCCCUUGGGUUCAACACCGGGAACACAUUGAUGGGACUAAGCACAGGGAUGACCCAGGCCCUCAUUGGCAGCAAUUCCCUGGCUACCAUGCAAGGUGUGUGUGCAUCCCUAGUGUCGAGCAGUGGUCAGCUGCCCAUCACCAGUCUGGAUGGGGGGGCAGCCCACAUGCUCCUGGGUGGGCCUGGGGGUACCGGCGUCCCUCCAUCCCUUCGCUCCUCACUCUUCCUCAAUCAUCCAGCCCUCCUCCCCAUGGUGACGGGCUCCAUGGCGACAGCCUCCACGACUGCCAUGUCCCUGGCCAGCAGCAGCAGCGGGGGUGGUGGCCCGAGACUCCCCUUCCCCCAGUCCCCCCCCCCUGGCACCAGCAGCCUCAUGAACCCCACCACGUGCCACGAGGAGUCCGCUUCUCCGUGUUCAAGUCCCGCCUCUUUCUGUUCUUUCAGCGAAGCCUCACCUCCGCCCCUGGGAGGGGCCAUGGCCGAGUGAUCUCUGACUGACAGCCAAAGCAUCCUAUCAGAGGAGGACGAGGAGGAGGAAGAGUUUAAGGAGCUUUAAGAAAUCUAAAUUUACAACCUCGCCUUUCAACCAAAGCCAUCUCUCUGUCUGAUCCAUCUCCGCUUUCGUCUCUCUCUUUCUCCCCGCUGAAGUCUUCUGAAGCCAAAAAUAUACACGGACGGAUGACGGGAGGAAGCAAAGAGAGAGGGAUGAUGGAGGGGUUAGAGAGACCUGCAGAACAGAGGGGGGGGAUUUGAAACCAAAUAAUGAUCUACAGCUGGAGAGGCGGCACUGAGGAGUGUUUUUGCUCGGCAUCGGGGAAACGGAACAGCAUGCUUUUUAUCGGCUGGAGAAAAAAUUAAACUCGAUGAGGGCAGGGAUGAGAAGCGAAACUGUGUGUGAGAAAUGGGAGGCAAAGAGAAAAGACUUGUUUAACAAGCUCCGAAAGGUCAUGUGGUUGCAACCAAAUUUAAAAAGAAAAUGAUGCUAGAGGGAAACACACUUACUUACAAAGAUGAAUAACCAAAAUCUCCAAAUACCAAAAACUGUAAACCAAAAAUGACAAAAAACUACAAACGGAGAGAAAAGCUUUAGUUCAGAAAGACUUUCUGAUCUGUCCAGGUUCAGUUCAUACUCCAUACAAACAUUUCCCAUUUCACUCAGGAUUCCUUUAUCCUUUUCUUAGUUUUAAAAAGCAUUUCUUUUCUAUUAUGUUUUUAUUUAUCACUUUUUUAAUGCAAUUUCUUGCCAAAUAUGUGUGUUAAAUGUUUUACAGCUGAUCCCAGAUGCAGGAUGUCUGACUACCUCUUUACAGCUUUACAGUGAUGAACACAGCUUACAUCAGAGUGUUUGUUUUAACCAGCCUGUCGUGACAGACGGGUGGGGUUUACUAAGUAGCAAAACCCACCCUUCUGGUACGUGAAUAGGAUAAAACAGACAUUACGUUAAAAAUCCCAUUUGACUGAGUUAAAAAUGACUUUUUUUGGUUGUUUAGCUGUUUAAAAGAUUCAGAUUAUUUAGAGGGAUUAUUUAAAACCUAUUUUUCUUUUUAAUCACCAUUAUCAUCAUCACCAAUGGUCUCAUUAAUAUUGUUCUUCAAACCGAGGUAUACACACUGCACAGUGCUCAUACUGCCUUCAAAGAUGAUACCACCGGCAGAUGUAGACGGUCUUGGGAUUUUAUUCAGCAUUAUUUGUCGUCUUUUAUUUAUUAUCACCCCAUACCAUCGCCAUGUCAUCUUCCAGACUGCUCAUCUACCACCAGACAGUCACUCUUGGAUACCAAAGCAUCGCCUCUGGCAGCGUAGUCUCUUGAUUCGCCCGGGAGACGAGUGUCCAGACAAAACCUCAGCCUUGUCAAAGGGAAAACACACACACACACACACACACACACUACAAGCAUAAGAAGGAGUUCAAACCAAAAAAAAAAGAACAAAAGAAAAAGGUGAAGCACCGGCUUUCCCCUAACUGCCCCCAAACCCCUGCCCUCCAUCCCUCCCUCCCAUCUGCCCCUCUCCUUUGUCUCCAAAGAUCAGAUCAAAAGGCCAAAAGAAGAGAGGAGAAGAAGAAGAGGAGGAGAAGCGGUCAGGAGCGAAGGAGCCAAAGGUAAAAAAGCUGCAGGGGGAAAGAAGAAGAAGAAGGAAGAGGAGCAGGAGGAGGUGCGCUCGAAGCGGCGGACCACAAAACCAAAAAGUAACCCAAAACCAAAAGCUACUACUACUGCUACUUAUGAUGUAUGAGUGACUGAACCGUAACUAAACCAAAUACAAACAAAGAGAGGGAGGACGAGGGGAGAAAAGGGGGGAGAAAGGCCCUGUCUGUCUGUUUGUCUUCGCUGUGAUUGCUGUUCUUGUCUCGGCAGACAGAAAUCGUUCCCUCCCUCCCUCUGCCAGCGACCUCGGCUUUGUUCUCACUUUCCUUUUUUCCUGGAUGGAUAAAAAUAUGGAAUAACCUCAAAAACUGACUUUGAGAAUAUAUAUAUUUUGUUUUUGCUUACCAUAGUGUGUCUGUUACUGAUGUAUGAAUUUCUCUCAUUGCUUUCUACUUAUUAUGCGGCGGGAGGGAAGGGGGGAGGGGCGGGUUUUGGCGACGUGUUGCCUACUUUCAUAUCUUCUUGUCUUUUCGGUUGUGCUCUGGAUUUAUUUUUAUUUGUUGGAAAGAACUGUGAACAUGUAGCUUCCAAGUCGUUUUUUAAAGUUGAUCCAGAAUGUUGUGAAAAAGCCAAAACUGAAAACCAAAAGCAAAUCUUUUUAGACAUACAACCAAACCAAAUAGAACAACCAAACCAAUGCACAAGGUGUACGAGAGGUGUGUGUGUGUGUGUGUGUGUGUGUGUGUGUGUGUGUGUGUGUGUGUGUGUGUGUGUGUGUGUGUGUGUGUGUGUGUGUGUGUGUGUGUGUGUGUGUGUGUGUGUGUGUGUGUGUGUGUGUGUGUGUGUGUGUGUGUGUGUGUGUGUGUGUGUGUGUGUGUGUGUGUGUGAGCGUGUGUCGGUAUAAGAUAAUUAAACUGUAAAACAACAAUACCCUCUUCUGUCACAUGCAGGACUAAAUAACAUCACUGAAUGUUUAUUUUGGACGGUUAGAGCAAGGCUGGUUUUCAACCUGGACCCGUUUUCAUACAGUUUUCACUUCAAACUUCGUUUCUCUGCAGGCUUUAAAAGCAGAACAUGUUCAAUAGAAACUCCAAAAGUGAAACCCAUCGGACUCCAAGUAAAGUUGAGUUUAUUUAUGAUCAGAUAACCUUGAAUAUGUAUUUAAGCAGUGGGCUUAAGUAGUGGGCUUCUGAAGCUUGACUGCCUCUGUCAUUCAUAUCUUUUAACAGAUACAGAUGUUAAAAGUGUAAACAUGUUGAAAAAACACUUUUAGCCACAUAUAGCUUUUAGAGAGUGAAAAAGAAAGUCCAAAGACUUCACUGUUGGUUUGAAAUAACAUACAUUUAUUAUCAAACUGCAAACCAUAUUGUAAGCAACUGUACACGACAUUGUGUAUUCUUGUUCAUUUCAGAAUGAUUGAAAAUCACAUCCUUUGUUUCUCCCCAAAGUUAUUGUAAGAAUAUGGGUUACAUGUUCACAAGUUAUGUGACCCCUAAAACAACUUAGAAUCUUUAAAAGGCCAAUAAAUGCAGCACUCCGUGAUCUUCAUUCAGAUCUAAAAUCGCACAUUGUCCUUGAACGCAUCACCAUAGUGAGAACAGGCGUUUUCAUGUAUUGAAAUGCUGAAGCAAACCAGUAGUCAAAUGUCUAAAAACUGGUUUUAUACUUUAAUAAAUUAUGACAAAUAAAGUAUGUUUAAAAUGUAAGUUAAUGGGCAAAAACAUGUUCCGUUAAAUACCUCUACAGUGAAGCACUUCAUGUUAAUUGGUCAAUUUGAUGGAAGGAAAACUUGAGGCCCAGGUUGAAAACAGAGUUAAGUUUUGAAUGUCAAACACACAGGGAAUUGAAAGUAACCAAUGACAAAGAUGAUAUGGGGAGGGGACGGGGGGGGGCGCUGACGUCUGAGACGGAUUAAAGGCUGAGGCCGUCCACUUUUAGAGGGAAUGUAUCCAUUAGUUCUUCUAGGUUUUUGUAGGGGGAAAUAAUCUAUGUUCAACUGCUCUUACUUGUUGCUGAUGUAUAAAAAGGCUGGGAUUAUUAUCCUUUGAUGAUGACGACCGAAGACGAUGACUUGACCAAAAGCUUUAAAACUUUAUCUCUCACGGGCUCUUUGUUGAAAAAAAUAUUUGUAUUUAUUGUAUGAGGGAGGUGUGUGCUUUUUUCGGGGGAUGGGAGAAGUGGUCCGUUUGUAUUUUAUUAACUUCCUUGUCUCUCACCUUUAUUUAUUGACUCUUUAUUUAUGUAUUUAUUGGAUUCUAUUUAUGUCUUUCUGGAUCUUUGUAAUAGUUUUUCAAGGGUUGUUGUGAGGCUUGUAUCUGCAGAGAGGGGUGUUCUUGAGAUCAAGACAAGAAGAGAAGAUGCCAAACGAAUGUUUCAAAGCAAAACCAAACCUAAAGACUGUUGUCUUGUAACCUGAGACGGAGAACGAAAGUAGCCGGGAAACUGUGACGGAGGAAAGCUAUGUUUUUUAAUUAGCUUAGUUCACUGUUCCAUCAACCCAGAGUGUGUUACGGUUUUCUAACUUAGAGUCGGUGAUGUUUACUUCCCUAUUUCUUUUUUUCAAAGCUUUUGAAACCUUGUGUUUCUCAUUUUGGAUCUUACAUGAUUCUGUGUUGCACUAGCUAUUUCCUAAUUCCAACUAAGCUUUUGGUUAAUGUUUACAAAUUGAAGAUUUACACAUAAGUACAUUUAAUUUGACUAGAUCACACAAAGUUAAUCUUAGGUAGAGAUUAAUGUUACUAAAUAUUUACACCCAGUAAAUGUCGGGUGUAGGCGUUGCAUUGCUAACUAAACUCACCGAGCAAAGCUAACGCUAUCUUGCUAACAUGUGACCUGUUAAGAUUUAAUAGUAAAAGAGCUAAUGGUUGACUAAAUUAAAAUAGGAUUUAAAGAAGUUUUACAUUUUAGUUCACAAAAAUACCAAUAUAGCUACUACUUAACACAAAACACUUUGCUAAUAACAACUAGCUAAAUAGCGUUGUUUAGGUUAGCAUAAUUGAAAAUUAAUACUACAAACUAUUUCUUCAUGUAUAAUGAAAUAAAUAGACAUCAAAGCUUGUCAUUUUGUCGGCUAUGUCACAGCUUGUGAUGCUAACGGAGACUUCCUGAUGAGAUGAUGACUCACAUGUUUCCUCACAGUCUUUAUUUCCAAAGUCUUCCCCACAAAGAUUUGUUUUGUACACUUGUUAGUGCAGCCUUAUUUAGUAGAAUGAUUUUCCUAAAACAAGUUAGUGCUUGCUAAGAACCUGUAUGGAAGCCCAUUUCAGCAAAAGUGAUGAAAAAUAAAAGUUUCUUGAGAAAUGUUCUCAAAAUUACGAGUCUCUUAAAAGGAGAUUCAAUAUUUGGAGAAAGUUUCUCUUUGAUUGAGGAUCUGCUUUCCAUCGUAGGGCUUUUAUUUAUUUUACGGGCAGCAAUGGGCUUCCAUAGGUUCCAACACACACUUUAUGAUGGUUUUAACAAAUAGCUUGUGCAACCUAGCCGUUCUUUAGGGCAUAUGAUGUUGUGAGUCUGCUGUGCUGUCAGUCAUUGUAAAGCAAACUAAUAUAUGACAUACAGAAAGCUCAGUCUCACGCACUCCAAACUGGUUAGACUGGCCGGCAGUGACAUGUUUUUCUUAACGAUAGCCCUAAGUUUGAAAAACACAUCAUUUCUGUCAAGUUGAUUGACUUUCCUCCGUUCACGUCUCCUCCUCUGCUCUCUAAAAAGCUUUCUGAUUCCCUCCGACCCUUCUUCAGGGAGGAGGGGUCAUACUCAUACCUCUGAUACUCUGAUGAAAAAACCAAAUAGACAUUCAAGCUUUAAUGACAAAAAAAAAUUCAAAAGAGACAUGACUUGUCUGAACUCAGGAGUGAGGGAUGUGAAACUGGCCCUAGCAAGUUGAUGAUGGCGAAACAAAGAUUUUCAGUUCUUAUGGCUUUAACCUACAGAAUACACCACAGCGUCCUCUUGUGUUCUCCAUGAAGUGCUGAGGAUGUGGCUGUGUUUUGUGGAGAGGAAGGUGUGUGUAUACUCAUCACUGCUGUCGGAGGAGAACAUGUAAACUCCAGGUUUUUACAUCAAUUACUAAUUUAUGUUUUAAUGUGACCCAUGGGCUGUUAAGAGUCCACUGCAGAGGCAAAGACUGUGUGGAUGUCGAAGUAAAACUUAAGAAAAUACAAAUGUAUAUUUUUAAGAUUUGUGUUUUUUGUCUCCGACAGCAGUGCAGCUCUGUUUGUGUGCCUGUGUAGUCCGACUCGGCUGUGGUGGACAGAGAAUGAUACCAAAGUUAAAACGUACCGCAGUGAGACGCUACACUACAAACACAACACACACACUCACGGUCAUUCCAUGUGUAUAUAAACAUUCAGGAUUCUUGAUAGGGACUGUAACUGCUAAAAUAAAAGCUAUCCAGCGCCUGUUGUUAAUAUAAUAACACUGUCAGAUAAUAAGAGCACUUCAGGCCUUGACAGUUUUUUUACUGUAGUUCUUCUGUGGCUGUGAAUGUUCAUUUUACUACUCUGUUCAACUUUCGAAGUCACCGUGACACAUAAAAGUCUCUUUUUUUGGCCUUGGGAAAACUAAAUGUAAAUCGGAGUGAGAUAAAAAAAAAAAAGAGAGAGUAUCUUCAGUCGAUAUCGUUUGUCCCAUUUAUUUAUUCAGGAGAAAAUUAAAAGAAACGUUUUCCUUUCUAUUUUUUCUACAAUGCAGCUUAAAUCCAAAGGUUAAGAGGACAGCAAAGAUAGAUUUUACUGCUAAAGAAAAAAAAACCUCAAUAGUGAAAACCAAAGAGCUCCACUGUAUCUCCUCACCUUGAUUUUACUUUUUUUCCGCAAGGUCCCAUGUUUUUACAAUGGCUGUUAACUCCAAAAGUAUUCUUUGAUAUAGCCUAAUGAUGAUGGUGGCGAUGGACGUAAAAGAUGAAACAAACACUGCUCUGUAAGCUUUAGUAUCUGUUUUUCGGGUUCUUUUUUCUGUUUUGGAAGUAUGCUUACAAUAUGCUGUUUUUUGACCUCGAGGCUCUCUCUGUCUGAGUUGAUUCUAUAACCUGAUUCUGUUGGAAACGUUUGGGUUUGAAACUGUUCUCUACUGUCCCUGAACUCAUCGCUAUCUGUGUGCCUGUUGUUUUAAGUGGCCAGGGAAACGGGGACAAAACAAACCUGUAAGUGUUAGGAAUAAAGUGCGAAUUUAGACCAAAGUCA